ACGUGACCAAGAUCUUGCAACGGACAGAGAAGUUCGCAGUCAACGAAGUCGGGCGAUGGAGGACGAAGCCCGGAUCGAGAUCACGAGCGCGGACGACGCGCGGUACCCGCUCAAGCUCAUGGAGGGCCGCUUCCACUGCAGCUGGGAGCUGCCUGACAACGUCCUCGCCGAGAUCUACGUCGACGACCAAGCCUCGGCGUGGCCGGUCACCCACGACGGCCGCUUCAAGGCGCUGCUCGCGCUGCCGAGCGUUGGCCAGCACGAGGUGUGCAUCAACAUUGCCGAGACGUACCACAUUCUUUCGAUCGACUACGCGCCGGCGCCGGCGACGCACCACGUGCGUGUGUACUUGGCGUCGGACGCCAGUCGCACCGAGGCCGACCUUGCCAAGGUCCGCUUCUUCGCCAGCGUCCUGCAGACCGCGUUUGGCGCCUUGACCGGCACAGCAUCGUUCUCGCUCCAGGUGGACGAGCACGGCCAGCCGCUCGUGCAUGCGCUGGACGCCAGCCACGUGGACGCAGCGAUCAAGGCGCUGCCCGACUACGCGUCGACGUUGGCAACGACGACGCACCUAGUCCUUCUCGACGGAUCGCUCAGCGACGAGACGUGCACGGACCGGUAUGCAUCGCUGGUCGUGCUCGGCAUGCCCAACGUGGCGCAGUGGCCGGAGGGCGUCGGCAGCCUCAACAAGAGCUUCCUCGACAACGACCAGUACACGGCCGCGCUCAGCAACGGACUCCAUCAACUCGGCCAUGCGUUUGGCUUGGGCCACACGCGCGAUGGCGUCAUGGCGCUGCCCGCCGGUCGCCACGCGAUCGAUCAGCUUCUCAGUGUCUACACGCGCAAGCCCAAUGCACGCGUUGCCGCGUACGCGAAAGCCUUUCCGGACGGCAAGCUCUUUGUCAACUAUGCUGGCGUCGACACGGCCUCGAGCCUUCGCGCCCACUGGCACGCAGCGUCGAGUUUGCGCCUGCAAAAGAGUCCGUUUGUGUGUGGCGCCUCGGGGCGCGUGCCUACGAUUGCGCCCAAGGUGCUCUGGCCCGGACCGCUGCGGGGCCCCGUCGGCCUCGGUGGCCACAUUCCGUUUGGCAGCGACUACCGCGGUCGUUCGGAUGUCGCUGGUUUUCUCUUCCACGCCGACGCGUCGCACGUGCUUGACAUUGAGAUUCUGAGCCAAGGCGCGCUCAACGACCUCCUCUUUGCUGGCCUCUCGGCGAGCGGCAACCAAGACAUGUUUUUGCUCAUGGACAACGAGUACAUCCUCCAGAUCGACGUGACCGUGUCGAACAAGGGCCAGACAAUUGCAGCUCUGCGCUUCCACACGAACCUGCGCACGACGCGCUUCUUUGGUGGGCGGGGCGGCGGCCUCGAGACGCUCACGCCGCCGCCGGGACACCACUUUUACUCGCUCUUUGGCACGUCGUCGAGUGCCGGCGUCGGGAGUCUCGGUGCGUACUUUACGCCCUUGCCGCCACAUGCGUCGCGCCCCGGAGCGCCGACGGCCACCGAGACGUCGACCACGCCCGUCGCGAGCAUGGCCGACCAGCUGUUGCAGCAGUUCAACACGCUUUUCAGCUUGACGCCGCCGCCCGCGCCAGCGAGCACGGCGUCUGGGUCGUUUGCGACCAUUGGUCUCGGCUCGAACGACGGCGACCAAGACGCUUUUGUGACGCCGAGAGGCCACGUGGGCGCGAUCCUCCUCACGUGCACGGACGCGAUUGCAAGCUUGAAGACGCUGUCGGCCACGGAGUAUGCAAACAAGUGCCGGGACGGCUACUACUGCUCGGACGACGAGCACGUCUUUUCGCUGUUGCCGCACGAAGUCAUUAUCCAAGUCGACGUGCGCUCGAGCGAAUGGAUCCACGCACUGCGCUUCCACACGAACCGGCGGAUCUCGCCGUGGUUUGGCGGCGACGACGGCGUUGAAAACGCUUUUGUGUGCGCGACCGAUGCGUGUAUCACGGGGUUUUACGGGUCGCACGGCCACCACUACCUGGGCACGCUCGGCGCCUACUUUGGUCCCGCACCCCGGGGCGCACCACCGGCCAGCAUCAGCCUGCACCCGCCACCGACGCUGCCGACCUCGGUGCGCGAGGAUGCGCUUGCCGGUGUUCAAAUCGAUGUUGCCAACGGCCGGCUCGCGCUCUCGGCGGUGCGCUCGCUUGCCGAGACGGCGUCGUUGUCGCCGUCGCAGUCGCUCUUUCUCCUCCAGCGCGGCGAAGCCCUCGUUCAAGUCGACGUGUGCCGAAGUGGAUUGGACGACGCGACGAUUGUCGGUGUCUGUCUGCACGCGCAGACGCGCUGCAGUGCGUUCUAUGGCCGCCUCACAGACGUGUACGAGCGCCUCGGGGCCCCGACCGGCGACGCAAUUCUCUCGAUGACGAUGGACAACGAAUCGGAGGUGCAGGUGACGUUUGCGCCGUUGCACGACUGCGUGCGUCAGGACGACGUGACGGUGACGGACGCCGUCGACAUGGGCGCCGACCACCUCGAAGUCGUCGCACCCGACGGCCACUUUAUGCUGGUGUUGCACGCCGUCGUGGGUGCCGAUCUCGUCGCCGUCGCCGUCGUCCACGAUCCGAAGCGGUCGACGACGCCACCGCGGAGCAUGUUUUACCCGCUUUCGGUGCUGCAACAGCGUGUCGACGGUCCCCUCAGUGACUAUGUCGUUGAAGUCGUCGACGAAACUGGCAGCGCGAGUCGGGUCCGCGUUCCGUUGUAAGCCUCUUGCUCGGCGCUGAAUAUACAUGAUGUAUCCACGA